GAAAAUCGUACGAAUGAUUGGGACGAGCAAGAGGAUCACGCAGAGCUCAGACAUUUUGCCACUCUUGGAAUUCCGUAUGGCGAGUAUCGAGUAAGAGAAAAUUUGGGCUUCUAAUUGCUCCCGCUACCUGCAACUUCUGAUCAGAAGUUGCAUCUCCAUCCCACUUCCUGCGCGGUUCCUCAACAGACACGAAAAUUGCUCGCGGCUCGUACUGCGUUUAUGGAGGUGGACGAGGGUUCUGCAGCCACCUCUACCGCGGGCCAACCGAUGGAGGUCGAUGGGAAUCCAAACCCUGCUCCACCUGCUCAACAGAACGAGUUCAGUCCUGACUACCUAAAGUUGUACUACGGAAGGCUGUUUCCAUACGCUGACAUGCACAAAUGGCUCUCUUACGGUCAUGAUGGUAAGCACACUGGGUGUGACGCCUCUUUCUUCAGUCGAAGAGAGUUUUCAUUCACUCUCGAACAUGACAUCUACCUUCGAUACCUGUCAUUUCAUGAUGCAUCAACAAUGGAAGCUGCUAUCAGGGAAAAAUGUCCUUACAAGAUUGAUAUCGGAGCUGUCUACAACGUUGAUCCAUCCAAACGAACCGCUUACUCAAAUGUUGGUGGCGACAAGGUCUUCUCCCCUGCAGAAAGAGAGCUGGUAUUUGAUGUGGAUAUGACCGAUUACGACGAUAUACGAAGCUGCUGCAGUGGAGCGGACAUUUGCCUGUCAUGCUGGCCACUUAUGACAGUAGCCAUCAAGGUCAUCGACACUGCACUGAGAGAUGACUUUGGCUUUGAGCACAUACUGUGGGUUUACAGUGGUCGUCGUGGUGUUCAUUGCUGGGUCUGUGAUCCAAGGGCCCGCAGACUGACCAACGAGCAAAGAUCUUCGAUUGCGGACUACUUUCGCGUGUGUAAGGGAAGCGAGAUGAAUGGAAAGAAGGUAGCACUCACGGGACCAGCACUUCACCCAUCUCUACUGAGGGCUUAUACUGAAGUGCUGAAGCAGUAUUUCGAGGAAAAAAUACUUCUCAACCAAAGUUUACUGGCUUCAGAACAAAACUUUGGGAAGGUUCUAGACAUGGUUCCAGAUGAGUCUGUGCGUUCGCAAAUGCGUAACAAAUGGCAUUCAUCCUUGCCAUCCAAAGACGAAGUUAAUUCGAAGCGUUGGAAGCAGUUAAAGCAGCUCUUGGAACAGGGUAAAUCGAAGGGCCAAGUUUUGAGGCGUUGUGUUGAGGAGAUUGUCUUCGCUUACACUUAUCCAAGACUGGACAUGGAGGUUUCAAAACACAUGAAUCAUCUUCUGAAAGCACCGUUCUGUGUGCAUCCAAAAACAGGUCGUGUUUGUGUGCCCAUUGAUCCAAACAACUGUGAAGCAUUCAACCCUAUGCAAGUUCCAACUUUACCGCAGCUAAUGGACGAACUCAACCGAGACGACACUGCAUCGGGGCAAAAGCAGAAAGACUGGGAAAGAACGUCGCUUGCAAGUUCGAUACAGUACUUCAAACAAUCUUUUCUGGACCCUCUCGCGCGAACUAACAAGGCCGAACUGGAGAGCAGUCAUCGAGCGAAACUGCAGGAGAUGGCGUCAAGACCCUCGCUUAAUUGGUGAGACAGACAGGGUUUACGGAGGAGAUGCUCCUAAAAGAAGGAGACGAUCCGUAUUCAGAGGGUUUCAUUGUAACACUCCGAGCUGCAGUUUGUAGCAGGCACUGAUCGUUAUCACGCUCGGAGACCCAGACCAUUAUGUACGAUAGAUUUCUCGAUAUAACGUAAAUAUGCAUAACUCUCACUAGUAUAGGGCGGAAGUGAAUUCGUCCAUCUUUGAAAUUGGACACUGCAACUACGUUCACGACACGCCUUUUCAGCCGGUCUCACUAAGCACUCCAUCAGAAAUUUGCAGUGAUGUGAGGCAGGCCAUAGAGGAAUUUCGUCACUUGGACCUUCAUACAGCCCAACACUGAAGGUGGACAGGAUUCUCACUGGUUGACCGAGCACAUCUUCCUAAAAGACCCUAUAGCUCGAAUCCGUUCUGGUGAUGACUAGAAGUCUUGCCAUCCUGAACGAAGGUUCCGUGUCCUUCCCAACUAUAAGAUGGUUUCCCCGGACUGACAGAUGACUGGGAGUUCGAACAGGGGGAUGUCUCGCCCCCACUGGACUGCACGUUUCUCUACACCGUUCUGGACUUGCAAACUGUGGCAGGAUUUGCAAUAUAAACCUCCCCUCAUUUCCACCUGAUUUCUAUUAGAGGGUCUUGUAUUCAAUGAGAUGUAAAUGAUAAUAUCUGACUCUUGAAGGACAACCCGCAACAUAUGUUCACGGAUGCGCGAGGCCGUUUCCCACACACUUGAAAUUUUCCAAUGUGCAU